CAUCUUCACAGACUCACCUCCUCCUCCUCAACAGCUCUCCUCCACCAUGGCGGCGCUGUGGCUCCACUCUGUCUCUCUGCUCGUCUUACUGAUCGUAUCAUUGCCGGCGAGCUCCCAGGCCAUGGCCCCCCCGCAGCACCUCUGUGGCGCUCACCUGGUCGACGCCCUCUACCUGGUCUGUGGCGAGAGAGGCUUCUUCUACACCCCCAAGAGAGACGUGGACCCUCUGCUGGGUUUCCUUCCUCCGAAGUCGGGCGGAGCUGCAGCCGGCGGCGAGAACGAGGUGGCCGAGUUCGCCUUCAAGGACCAGAUGGAGAUGAUGGUGAAGCGAGGAAUCGUGGAGCAGUGCUGCCACAAGCCGUGUAACAUCUUUGACCUGCAGAACUACUGCAACUGAACCCUGCUCCUCCUGGAAUCCAUUAGCCCCCCGACCCAUCAGGCCCCCUCACGCCCCGGCCCUUUGCAUCAGAUGAACGGCACUGCUGUCGUGUCUCUGUCAAAUGAAAUGCUGAGAAAAUGGAUGAUAAUUAUUUUUCCUAGAAAAUAAAGUUUUG